AUGUUCCGCUCUCCAAAACCGAUAGCCCACAUCUUCUCCUGUGGUACGAUCGCCCGGAGCGUCAUCAAUCCUCCGAAGCGUUUGCUAAUCCCUGAUACCUCUCCGUAUGCUUCAUCAAUCGUGAGGCGUUCCUUCGCCCGAGCGACACGAGUACCAUUGACCGAAAGACAACAUGUACUUCGGCGAAGAUUUCGUUCGUUGGCCUACUUCGCUAUCUUCGGCUCGUUAGGCUAUGGCAUAGGGAAUGUUUUGUCCGCGUUCCUGGCCGAUCCCGCGGCACCAGGUUCCCUGGAGGAUACACAACGAGUUGACCAUCUGCGGCGGGUGAUGGAUCGCCUUGAGGUGGUUAAACAGCUACGGGCUGAUCCUGAUUAUGUCGAAUGGGAGGCAUACGAAAGUUUUUCAGAGGAAGAGAAGCCUCAUCGACUGACGAGUGGGCCUCUGAGUGGAAGUCGCAAUUUGCCUGUGCAGCGAAUAUUUUGGAACGAAAAAAAACACAAAGCUACAACAGUGGUGCAUAUGGGGAUUGGACUCAGCAGCUGGCCAUCAAUCGUUCACGGAGGGGCAGUCGCUACGGUUCUGGACGAAAGCUUUGGACGGGUUGCCAUACGCAGCUUCCCCGCUCGAACAGGUGUAACGGCUAACCUCAAUAUCGACUAUAUUAGACCCUUAAAGGUUAUGGGUUUUUAUAUAGUGACAGUAGAAUGUGACCUGGAGAAGAGCACGGAGCGCAAAGCUUUCGUUAAGGGCGAAAUUCGAGAUUCAAAGGGUAGCCUAUGCGCCACGGGAAAUGCUAUCUUCGUAGUGCCGAAGACCGUGACGUUGAGACCACUUGGUGAUAAUUUCUAA